AUGGAAGGAAAAUCAACGAAAAGACCGAGACUAAUGAAUAUCUUCAUCAUUAUAGUCGACCCAGAACGACGCCAAUGGCGAUGGCCAAACUAUAUUGCUUUUUGGAUUGCAGAUUCAUUAAACAUUAACACAUGGAUGAUUUCUUCCUCAAUGAUCGUCGACGGACUUUCAUGGUGGCAGUCAUGGCUUUGCGUCUGGGUGGGAUAUUUCGUGGCUGCGUGCUUCGUGACUCUAACGGGGCGGAUCGGUGCUGUCUAUCACAUUUCAUUUCCAGUAACGGCUCGCGCUUCAUUCGGAAUCUGGGGAUCAUUCUGGCCUGUGAUAAACCGAGUCGUGAUGGCCAUCAUCUGGUAUGGUGUGCAAAGCUACAUUGGAGGCCAGUGUGUGACUAUAAUGAUCGAGGCUAUCUGGCCAAGCUAUCGAAACCUCCACAACGGCCUCUCUGCCAGCGCCGGCGUUGAUACCAAGAAUUUCCUCAGCUUCUUCCUCUUCUGGUUGUGCUCUCUCCCAGCGCUCUGGUUCCCUGUGCAAAAGGUUCGUCAUUUAUUCACGGCCAAGGCUAUCUACUCUCCCAUCGCCGCUAUUGCCUUUUUCGCCUGGGCCAUCUCUCGCGCCCACGGCCUCGGUCCCAUCAUUCAUCAAUCCAACACUGUCCACGGCUCCGAUUUCAGAUGGGCAAUGGUAAAAGCAAUCAUGUCAUGUAUCGGAAACUUUGCCGCCCUCAUCAUGAACAAUCCCGAUUUCUCACGCUUCGCACGAACACCCAAGGACGCUACAUGGUCACAACUAUUCACUAUUCCCAUUGGAUUUGGAGUCACCUCAUUUAUCGGCAUUAUCGUCUCAUCCUCAUCUUCGGUGAUCUUCAACGACGGCUACACAUGGAAUCCACUUGACCUUCUCGGCAAGUUCCUCGACGGUGCUAGUUCCGGCCAGCGUUUCGGUAUCUUCAUCAUUGCCGCUGGAUUUGUCCUUGCUCAGCUGGGAACCAACAUCUCUGCCAACUCGGUCUCUGCAGGCACUGAUCUCACUGCACUUAUGCCACGAUACUUGAAUAUUCGUCGCGGCAGCUACAUUUGUGCUAUUGUUGGCCUGGCGAUGUGUCCGUGGAACCUCGUCUCCUCCUCCAACAACUUCACGACCUACCUAUCCGCGUACUCCCUCUUCUUAUCUGCGAUUGCCGGCGUCAUGCUUUGCGACUACUAUAUUGUUCGAAAGGGGUACCUUGACAUCCGUUCACUUUACAGCGCUCGCAACACCGACCCUUACUACUUCACCUUCGGAUUUUCGUGGCGUGCUUAUACGGCUUAUUUCUGUGGCAUCAUGAUCAAUAUUGUGGGCUUCGCUGGUGCAGUGGGAUGCAAGGUCCCAAUCGGCGCAGAAUAUAUCUACAACGUGAACUACUUUUCCGGCGUGAUCGUUUCAGGCACUGUGUAUCUCAUUUUGACGUGGCUCUUCCCCGUCCCUGGAACGAGCGCGACUUGGAACGAGGUCGAUAUUGAUACCUUGGACCUUGACGUUGCAUACGGACAGGAUCCCAGUGAUUUGGAGGCCCAUGGUGGGCGAAGUUCAUUCGACAAGCUAUCGCUCGACCAUAAGGGUCCUACUCCAUUGACUCAAAAGGUUUAA